AUGUCUUCAUCGCUCUUGCGACCUCCGAUUCACCUCCCGCCCGCUACUGCGUUGCAGCUAUCACAGCAAGCACCAAAGAUCAUCAAGGAAGCGCCUGGCGCAGUGUCGGCAUCAGUACUGCAAUCGUUGUUCUCUGCAGCAGAGACGCCCGAGCUCUGGACCAUUUACGAGAACCUGUUAUUAUCAUGCCUGCGCACCGGUGAUGAGGAGUCAGCACACCAAUGCUUGGGGAGGCUUAUUAACCGCUUUGGUGACGACAAUGAGCGAAUCAUGGCCUUCGUCGGUCUUUUGAAAGAGGCAGAUGCCGAGGACAAUGCGACAUUGGAGGUGGUACUCAAGGAGUAUCAGGCCAUUCUGGAGAAGAACCCAACCAACAUUCCUAUUGCUAAACGCCGCGUGGCUCUCUUGCGAUCUCUAGGCAGGACUUCUGACGCCGUCGCUGCUCUGAUUGCCCUUCUUGACUUCUCGCCAAUCGACAGCGAGGCAUGGUCCGAGCUCUCGGACAUGUACUUCUCUCAGGGGCUGUACUUGCAAGCUAUCUUUGCUUUGGAGGAGGUUCUUGUCUUGCAGCCGAACGCGUGGAAUAUUCAUGCGCGAUUAGGCGAGUUGCUGUUGAUGGCAGCCAAGUCGACACAGCAGAACGACACGCCGAAGCAGCUCAGUGAGGCGCUCAAGAGAUUCUCUCGGAGCGUGGAGCUCUGUGAUGACUAUUUGCGGGGAUACUAUGGCUUAAAAUUGACAACAAAGCAGCUGCUGAGUGAGCCUCAGAAGACGACAAAACAACCGGAUGACGACACUUUGCCGUUGCCGCCUCAGGCAACGUUGCGCUCACUUGAUGAACUUGCAACUGCCAAGUUAGCAGAAAUUACUCGUCGAUAUUCGGCCGGAGAACGGGGCUGGCAAGGAUACGACGAGGCCGAGAUCGCUGCAGCCAAGGGGCUUCUAGAGAAGGACUCUGGCGCGACAAUUAGAUGA